CAUUUUUGGACUUGGUGUUUAAAAGUUGACCUAAAAAGACAUUCACCCUUCUAAGUAUGCUCAGAUCCGCGUCGCUUAUAAGGACCUCCACCCGGUCUAUUACCAUGAGAAGUAUCCAAACUUUCGGUAAGCCGGAUCUUGAUUACCGUGGAGUUUUUGAAAAUGAAAAGUUAUUCAAAGAUACAAUUUUAAAGAAGAAAUUAUCCCACAAUGUUUUGAAACAAGUGGACUAUAUCAAGGAUAAUUACCCAGUGGUGGCCACUUUGGGCAAGGAGUUGGGAGAAUUGAAGAGAAAACGUGAGGAAAUGACGGUGGAAAUGAGAGAAGUGGCAUCUACAAACUCCCACCGAGCAGACGAAAUCAAACAAAAUCUUCGUAACAUCAAAAAUUCCAUCACAAAAUUGGAUAAGGAAAGAAAUAGAAUAAAGGACAAGAUGCGUCUAGCCGCGGAGGACAUGCCCACACUUGUAGAUGGAACGAUCCCCAAGGGGAUCCGAGACGAAGAGGUGGUAGCCUUGAUCAAUUGUGAAUCAAUCGAACAAGUGGAAACCAAUUCAGAUAAAAAGGCCUUAUCCCACAAGGUUAUUGGGGAAAAAUUGGGACUUUUGGACUUGGAAACCGCCGCAAGAGUAUGUGGUCAUGCCUUUUAUUACUUGUUGGGAGAUGCUGCAUUGUUGGAACAAGCGCUUGUUCAGUAUGCAUUGAACUUAGCCCGUGCCAAGGGUUACAAGAUCGUUGCACCACCAACCAUGGUGAGACAAGAAGUUAUUGGAGCAUGUGGGUUCCGUCCAAGAGACCAAGGUGAAGAAACCCAAGUCUACGAUUUGGUUAAAGAUCAUUUGAGUCUUACAGGAACGGCAGAAAUCCCACUUGCUGCCUUGGAAAGUAAAAAGAUUUUCACCGAGAAGGAGGUGGAAAAAUUCCCCGUCAAGUACGUAGGGGUGGCCAGAUCAUACCGUGCUGAGGCUGGGUCUCGUGGUGCAACCACCGCCGGGUUAUAUAGAGUGCAUGAGUUCACCAAGGUUGAGCUUUUCCAUUUCACCACCCCGGACAGGGCCAGACAAGAAUUGGAAGAAUUGAGAGAAUUCCAAACUGAUUUCAUUACCCUGUUGGGAUUAAAGGCCAAGGUUCUUAACAUGCCAUCUUCUGAUUUAGGGGCACCAGCUGCGAAGAAAUACGACAUUGAAGCCUGGAUGCCCGGCCGUAAAACCUGGGGGGAACUCACCUCGUCCUCGUGGUGCGGAGAGUAUCAAGCGCGUAGAAUGGGGAUCAGAUACAGAGCCUCCGAGGGAAAGGUCAACUAUGUUCAUACUUUGAAUGGGACUGCAGUGGCCGUUCCUCGUGUCAUUGUGGCUAUUUUAGAAAACUUUUAUGAUGCUGAAACGGAAUCGAUCGAAAUCCCAGAAGUUCUUCGUGUAUAUAUGGGGGGAAGAGAUCGUAUUUACAAGAAUGAGUAGAGAAGGUCUACAGAGUAUUCGAUGUGUUAAUUAAUUGUACAUAGCAAACAUAAGAAUAGAGAAUGGGACAAGAAAUGUAGAGAGAGGGAGAUGAGUGGUAGGAAAGGAUGGUAUAUUUUUUGAAAUGAGGAGAAGUAAGGGUUGUUAGGACCCUCUCCUGGAGUUAUAUCAUUCCUCUCUUAAGAUAUAGUAGAAGGUUUUCUCUAAAGUCUCCCAUCAAAUAUUUCUUCUGUCUAGGAGAACUUUUUCUCAAUCUGGGCCACUCUCUCAUUCGAGGGUUCUGCUUUCUCUUAAUUACCAGCUAUCUG